GUUGAUUCUUUCGUUUCCACCUUUAGACCUAACUUGUCGGCCCAGAUUAUAUGCAACCUGCGGUUGUCAUGCACGCUCCUGGAAGAUCAUGGCACACGACAUAGAAGCUUGCGACCAGAAAUUUCAACUACGUCACUCUUCCAUACUCAUUUCCUUUUUUGUAUUUAGGCAAUACACUCUGCAUACCGUCCCGCCUCCUUCGAAUCUCAACACUUUGAUCUGCAACAUCGAGGUCGUCUCUAAAGUUACCUCAAAUCAUGUCCAAUACAGACAUUAUUUCAGGUUCCUCGUUCGAUUCGGGCAGCGACAUCUCAAAAGACCCGAUGAAAACAGGAGCCUACACACCUUAUGAAAAGAUAGAAAGCCAGCUACUAGAUCUUCCUGACGACUGGCGGCCGCCAUCCCACCCCUUCGCUCGGUUUUGCUUCACGCAACUUUGCUUGGUCACUCUCGGAAAACCAGAUCUCGAGGAAUUGUGGCUGGAUGUGAGCCACGAGGCUGGCUGGUAUAAGGUCAUGGGGGACUGGUGGAAGGAACUGCACCACGAGGGAUGCUGGUGUCAGCAUGUCAUGCAAUUUCAGAUCUUGAAGCGCGCCUGCAUCUAUUUCAUGGACUUGGAGACCUUGCAUCGCAUCUGCACCUUCCGCCCCGUCGUCGUGUAUUGGUUAUGCAUCUCGAGAAUAGAGGCUAGUAUCUCAACCGUGGACCAUUCAUCCAAAGAAACCUACGGAGAUCUGAUGCUACUCUCGUCAUAUUUGUUGAUCCCGAUAUUAUUUUGCCGAGUAUUCUUCGCCCUGAUCGCGAUGCAGAUGGAGAUGCAAGAGAUUUGGGCCCAUAAACCGCGCAAGAUGAAGAUUCUGAUUACCCUCGCUCUCUCUCGCAUGUCGGACAUUUGUCUCGCUUUGUCUUGGGCUUGCUUGGCGAGCUGUGGGCUUGGACUUUUCCUAGAAGUUAAUUCAGUGAACUACUGGAUGUUUCUUGCGGGGGCUUGCACGUUCGCCCCAUUUUUAGACGCUGUUUUCAAGAGGAACGUGCGGGCGAUGAUCUGGAGGGGUGGAUUGGCUUUGAUUCUGUGGUUUGGUGUCACCUUGGGCUACUUGCAACAAAUUUGGGAACUUGAUUGUUGAAUAUUCUAUAGCAUAUAAUCUCAUUGUCUCCCUUAGA